AUGAGCUGCAAGACUCCACCCACACUCCAGGAGCUGGCAGAGGACAGCCUCCUGAAGAACCAGGACUUGGCUAUCUCUGCUCUGGAUGACAUACCCUCACUUUUCUUCCCAUCACUGUUCAAAAAGGCCUGCAGAAAUAGAUACGUUGGGAUCAUAAAGGCGAUGGUGCAGGCCUGGCCCUUCCCCUGUCUUCCACUGGGGGCCAUGAUCAGUAGGAAGACUGCCUACAGGAGAAUCUUAGAGAUUAUCCUGCAUGGGUUUGAUGCCUUGCUUCUCCAGGAAGUUCCCCACAGGAGGUGCAAGCUGAAAGUGCUAGAUUUGCGGGUUAUGCCUUUGAAGCUGUGGAACAGGUUGCCUGUGUUCGGGACUGCUGGUUGCAGUGAGAAUCCAGCAGUGGUGGGCCAUUCGGGAACAGAGGUGAAACAGCAAGUGGAGGUGCUGAUAGACCUGGUCCUCAAGGAAAACCCACUCGAUUCCACAGAGUCCUUCCUCGUUCAGUGGGUGGAUAACAGGAAUGGUUUUGUGAGGCUGUGCUGUUGCAAGCUGCAGAUCUGGGCUAUGUCCAUGUAUUACCACAGAAAACUUUUGGAGACUUUGGAUCUGGACUCUAUCCAGGAACUGAGUGUGUACUGCAUCAGUAAUCCCAUCUGCCUGCUUAACUUCGCCCCUUACCUGGGCCGCAUGAGGAACCUUCGCUGUCUCGUUCUCUCUCACCUCUGGCAGGCCUUCUCUAUGACUCCAGUGGAGAAGCAGCAGGUUAUCACCCAGUUCACUUCUCAGUUCCUCAAACUGAAAUGCCUCCAGAUCCUACAUCUGGAUACUGUUUUCUUCCUAGAGGGUCAUCUGGAUGAGCUAUUCUGGUGGCUGAAGACACCCUUAGAGACCCUGUCAGUGAUUGAUUGUAAUCUCUCAAAAUCAGACUGGAUCCAUAUAUCUGAGUUCCAGUGUACAAGUCAGCUAAAGCACCUGAAUUUGAAAUGGGUCAAACUGACCCAUUUGAGCCCAGAGCCCUUGCGAGUUCUCUUACUAAAAUCUGCAUCUACUCUGGUGUCCCUGGAUUUGGAGGGCUGUCAAAUGAUGGACUCCCAACUCAGUGCCAUCCUACCUGCCCUGAGAUGCUGUACACAGCUCACCAAGUUUAAUUUCCAUGGGAACUAUGUCUCCAUGCCUAUCCUGAGGGAACUUGCAUACAAUGUUGUCAAGAAGAAAUCCCAACAGUCAAAGAUACGCCUUAUCACAAACUGUGAUCAUCACAGAGGUCUGGACUUUGAGGUCAUUUCUCAGCCUCAUAUUGUGUUUGUAGAUGUGGAUAGGACUACUGGGCAGCAAGAACAGGUCUUGUUGUAUGCUAUCUGUUCUGGAGAAUAUGUGUUGUGA